AUGGGCAACACAUCAACAUCACCUUCAAACCCCGAGACAAAAGAGAAAAAGUCGCUCUACCGUCGCUACAAAGAUAGCAAAGCACCCGUACCACUCAGUGACGAGGACAUACAAAAGUACACGGGCAAGACACGCGAAGAACUCACAACGUGGGCUGACUCAACGCCUGGCGUGGGAAAGAAUCAGCUCGCUGGUCGUGCCAUGAUUGGGGAAACUUCUGGGCUUGCUGGAGUAGCCAUGGCAGAUGGAUAUGGAGGUUGGGGACCUAGCGCCGAGCCCAACGAUGCAAAUAGAGGAAUGAAGUUUCCUCCAAAGGCUGCUGAGGUGCCGGCAAGCGAAGUUCAAGAGAUAGAGGUGAAGGAGAAGAAGUAA